AGUUGACUGUGAACAGGCAGCUUGAAUCGACGUAUACGUUGCGUAUUGCUGUAUCAAACUGUUUCAAGCCACAUACGCAAACACACAGACGUAAACGACGCUGAGUUGUAAGCGAAAAUCAGUAGUUUUUCAGUGUGAGAGAUCAUCGCGCGCGCGUUGAACCAAUUCGAGUUGGUAGAACAUUUGCGCGUUCGCAAGCCUGUUAAUUAGACGGUCGGUCAGUCAGUUAGUACGAGCGUCGGUCGUCGUUUGUAUGGUCGUUGAGUUUCGUGAAUGAAAUGCAGUUGAACCUGACGACGGGCGGUUAGAAAAGUGCAAGUCGCGUGCGCAUUGAGCGCGUCUUGAGCAUAACAAAACAAUAUUCAUCAUAGAAAUUGGAAACAAAAAGAAGUGUGUAGCGACGAAAACGAAACGAAAGUGAAGUGAGCGUGUGUCUCGCGGUGAUUGAUUGAUUGCUGAAAAGUUAAAUAAUGAAAUUUUACGAGUUAUUAAUGUAAAAAUUGCGAUAUUUCUGUGAAGGAAUAAUAGUAAAUAACACAAGAAAACGAAUCGAAAUUAAAAAGAUAUUGCCAGCGAGCAGCUUCCUCUUCAGCUUAGCUGCUGAUUGUUGUGAAAAUUCUUCUGCACUUUCGUUGCGCACGUAAUACGAAAACCGUGGCGAAUUUUUGAGUGACAUGCAAAAUCACUUCUAAGAAGAAUUAAAAUUUCAGCGGUGUAAGAAAGUGAAUUUCGCAGUGAAAUUAAUUAGAGAAUUAGAAAAAUCUUUAUGCAACUUAGCAAGGAUUUUCUAGUUGGUUGAAAUAAGUUUUGAGUAAAAGUAAUUGAGUGAAACUAACAACGAAACACAAAAACAAAUAUUUCCAGUAAGAAAAAAUAUAUAAAAAAUUUUAAACAAAUUUCGCACAACUUUAAAGUUCGAUCAUUAUAGAAAGAAAUAAUUUAAAAAAGUCUUUCAAACAAUUUUAAAGAAAAGUGCUACAAACACUUUUAAGAAAAGUGCCAAAAAAUUUAUUCAGUAAAAAUACAAUAUAAUGUAACAGUUGUUUGUAAAAGAGUGUUAUACAGAAAAACCUCUCCUGAACCAAAAUUCUGAGCAGCGAAACUUCAAAUACUAAAACAAAAACAAAAUUUAGUUACAACAAGUUGAGCAGAAAAUACGAUAAAAACAUAAUUAAUCAGUGUAAAUCUACAAAAAAAAAAAGCAUACAACAACAAUAAUUGUUUUAGUAGAGAUAAAAUACUACGCGAGAACAGACGCUUUCAAGCAAACUGUAAUUAAUCCAAACAUAAAAUACGAACAAGAAGCACUCAAAUCCGACUUUACGUGCCCAAAUAACAGUAAUAAAUCACAAAAUUAACUAACGAUUGAGUGAUCAAACUAAACUCUCACAAAAGCAUAAUUGAGCGACGCAAACCAGCCGACAAUUAGUCAACAUCCAAUCUAAUCUCUAUAUUUCUUUACUCUUGACUACUCAAAGCCAACAACAUGAAGCGCCUCAACGCACUACCCACAUUACUUCCACUCCUGCUGCUAAGCGCACUCAUCACUAUCUGUCGCGCCAUACCCAACGACGCGUAUAUGAAAAUGAUGGCCGCCGAAACGCCCAACGAUCCUUGCUACGACGACGACAAGGCGCGCAGAUGUAUACCCGAUUUCGUGAAUGCCGCUUUCGGCGCACCCGUGCAGGCGUCCAGCACUUGCGGACUCGAGCAACCGCAACGCUAUUGCGAAUUGAGCGGUGCGGGUUCACAAGCUAAUCUACAAGAUCUGAGCUGUCACAUUUGCGAUCACACCAAUCCGACGCGUCGCUUUCCCGAAUCAGCGCUAACCGAUUUGAAUAAUUCGAAUAAUGUGACGUGUUGGCGUUCGGCACCCGUACCGGCGGUGACAAGCAUGAAUGCGCCACCGGAUAAUGUAUCGUUGACGCUGUCGCUGGGCAAAAAAUACGAAUUGACCUAUGUGAGUUUGCAAUUAUGUCCAAAAUCGGUGAAACCCGAUUCGAUUGCGAUUUAUAAGAGUACCGAUUAUGGCAAGACAUGGCAACCAUUUCAAUUCUACAGUUCACAGUGUCGACGCGUCUACGGGCGUCCAAAUCGUGCAACCAUUACCAAACACAACGAACACGAAGCACGCUGCACGGACUCACGCGGUCAGGUGGGCGAAGUGACCGGUUUGCAGGGAUCGCGUAUUGCUUUCAGCACAUUGGAAGGACGUCCAUCGGCACGUGAUUUGGAUUCGUCGCAAGUGCUGCAAGAUUGGGUUACCGCCACCGAUGUCAAAGUCGUCUUUCAUCGUCUGCAAAUGCCUGAACCGAAUACGUUGAAUGUUGUAGAGACCAGCGGCGUAGAUAUGAAACCGAAUGGCAAAUAUAGCGAAGCGGCAAGCAAUUCUGUGUUGAUACAACAAUACGGUACGAAUGUGAUCGAACAACCAGCCGAUGGCUUGGGCAUACCAGCUGCGGUGACUAUCUCAAGCGUUGCGUCGGCGCUGAACGCGCCCGCCGGUUUGGGCCAACAUUAUGCUGUGUCCGAUUUCCUCGUAGGUGGACGCUGCAAGUGCAACGGUCAUGCAUCGAAAUGCUCACCGGAUCGUUACGGUGUGCUCGCAUGCGAGUGCAAACAUAAUACAACGGGUCGCGACUGUGAACGCUGCAAGCCAUUCCAUUUCGAUCGGCCGUGGGGUCGCUCAACGGCACGUGACGCCAAUGAAUGCAAAAUCUGCAAUUGCAACAAUCACGCUCGUCAAUGUCGCUUCAAUAUGGAACUAUUUAAGCUCUCCGGACGUAUCUCUGGCGGAGUUUGUGUAAAUUGUCGACACUUUACCACCGGACGACACUGUCACUACUGCAAAGAAGGCUAUUACCGUGAUCCAACUAAGAAACUGAAUCAUCAUCGUGUAUGCAAACCCUGUGAAUGUCAUCCGAUCGGCUCGUCGGGCAAAACUUGCAACAACACCUCUGGUCAAUGCCCCUGCAAGGAUGGUGUGACCGGUCUCACCUGCAAUCGCUGCGCGCGUGGCUAUCAACAGAGUCGUUCACACAUUGCGCCAUGCAUCAAAAUUCCCGCACGCAAAGCGAAUAUGUUGGACACACAGAAUACCGCACCUGAACCAGAUCCACAUGAUACCAAUGCACCUUAUCGCACUGAAGGUGGGAGGGGUAAAAUGCGAAAGAUGCAAAAUAAGCACAAAAAGGUUAAACCUCAACAAAUUCUGCAAAAGAGACUACGCAAUAAUGGCGAAAGUGAUUGGCCGCGAAUCGAGUACCGAAGUAACGAGCAGCAGCGAACAAUACACCAAAGAAAAUCAACAAAUGGAUCGCGACGACGAAACGGAGGCCAUGGAGGACAACGCACCCGAAACGGUCAAAUACGACAUACAAAUACAGGCGAUCUUCAAGCGUACCCCACUCGAGUACGCAACAACGAAUACAAUCCUAAAACGGGGUCCUUUGACUUGGAUCAUACCAAUUAAGAAUCUAGAAUGUCGUUGUCCCAGAAUCAAAAUGAAUCGCUCCUAUCUGAUACUGGGCAGAGAUUCGGAAUCGCCACCGGGCUAUCUUGGCAUCGGUCCGCGUUCCAUUGUGAUCGAGUGGAAGGAUGAAUGGUAUAGACGUAUGAAACGCUUCCAGCGACGUGCGCGAACGUGUCAGUAAAGUGUAUUAAGAAAAAUCACAAAAAUUUUAAAAUUGAAAAACACACACUUCCACAAAAACAUACAUACGUAUAUUCAUGCGCGUACUUUAAAUGUAUUUGUAUUUAUAAAAAUAAUGAUAAUUUGAAAUAGUUUUUAAGGCAAAACUACUUAAAUGCAUUCAAAGUCGAAUAAACAGAUUAACACACACACACAUGCAUACACACAUAUAAUAUAUAUAUUUGUGUAUACAUAUGUGCAAUCGUAUAUAUCUGAAUGAAAUCCGUAAUUUUUCGCUGUUUAAAAUCAAAAUUAUUUUUACUAUACUGAAAUUAAUCGAAAAAAGCACAAAAAGUUACAAUUAUUCAAAAUAUUUUUUAUAUAAUUUUUUUAAUUAUCAUAAUUAUUUAUUUGUAAUAUUUUUUUUAUAAUUUUACUUCAACUCGCACUAACACUGAUUUAGUUUUAAACUGAAAAAAAAAUUAUAAUUUAAGAUUGAAAGAAAAUUUUGAAAAAUAUGAGCUUUUUCCAAAUGUCUGUAAAAUAUUAAUUAAAUCAUUUAAAUAAUAUACUUAAAGAUUUAAUAUAAAGCAAAAAUCAUACGCUGAAAUACAAUGAAAGCAUUUUUUAUUUACCAAAGUAUUCGCGAAAAUAAUAUAUAUAAUAAUUUUUACUUAUGUAAAAGCUAGAUGCUUUUUUGGCCCAACGAAAAAGCAAUGGCAAAGGCAAAAGCUCUGUUGAAAUACUUUAAAAAAAUUGGAAUAUACAUACUCUACCAAAAGUUUACAUGAAGCCUUUUACACCACUGCUGCUUUGUUAAGCUUUUAAGACCUAUCGUACUGUUUAAACAAAUCAGAAACACUUUUCAUAAGAGCUUUUGGGAGCUUUCGUGCUCUUUAAAAACAAACAUUAAAAAUAGAGCCUUUUAAAGCUCGGCAAGGAUAUGCUGCUUUAAAAUUAUACUUUUCGGUAUUUAUUUCAGUCGAAAUAACAAUCCAUCAACACAUCCAAAACUCAUUUAGCUAAACCACUUCAAAAGAAAAUUAUAUUAUAUAAAUCAUCUGAAAACUUACUCUAUAAAAAAUAAGCUAAAUCUGUACUUUUUUUAGCCUUUUCAAAAGUUAAUGAAACUUUUAGCAAAUAAUUGCUGAAUAUGAAAAAUAUCAAAACUCGUUUGAGAAUCAAAAGCUCAUAAAAGUCCGCGAAACAACUAAGAACUUUCAAUCGACAUUAUGGUAUUAUGCUAUAAAAUUAUUUUCACAACUAUUCCCAAAAGUAAUUGUUGCAUUAAAAGCUUUGCAGAGCUUUCACAUUAUAGUUCUUCUUUCUUUGAAAGGUUUUAAAAGCUAAUGGAACUUUUAUAAAAUGUUUGCUCAGUAUGAAAGGCUUCAAAAUUCAAAUGAGCAUCAAAAAUUCAUGAAAGCUUCACAAACAAUAAUGAACUUCUGAUAGACAUUGCCACAACAUUAUUUUCACUUUUAUUCCAAACAAUAAUGAUAUAGAAGCUUUUCAGAGCUUUUGCGGAAUUUCUUAACUAUUUCUAAAAGCAUUUGAAAACUAAUGGAACUUUUAGCAAAUAUUUGCACAUAGUAUGAGGGGCAUCAAAACCAAUAUGAAAAUAAAAAAGCUCAUGAAAAAAAUUUUGAGUUUCUGAAAAACAAUGCCACAAAAUUAUUUUUUUUUAUAUUCCAAAGAAUAAUUGUUGCAUUAAAAGCUUUGCAGAGCUUUCAUGAAAAAUCUUAACCGUUUUUCAAAGUUUUGAAUGGUGAUUGAAAUUUUAGAAACAGAAUGAAAUGACAUCAUAAAAUACAUAUAUAUAUGACAUCAUAUGAUACAUGAAAGGUAAUAUUAUUUUCAAUAAUCCAAAAAUUAACUUACUUGACUUGUGCUCGUCAGAGUCCGAUUUUCUCAAACUACAACAAAAACUGCUUUUUGAAGUGCUUUUUUAUAAAUUUCGAAGGAGAAAUGGAAUUUUUUGCCUACCAUUUAGCAAUUAAAUUUCAUGCCAUACAUUUUGCCAUAACUAUUUACUCAAACACUAUUGUAUUUUAGUCCAAUCACACACAGAUCCUAUAUAGCAAACAUAGAAAACCAUAAACGUAGUAUUAAAUACAUACUUAUGUGAAAUAAAUAGAACUGGAACAAUAAAUAAUGCGCCAAUAAAUUACCUAAAGUAAAUAAAAAAUCAAAUAAAAUUAAAAUUGAUAUAUACACAAACACAACUAAAUAUUUACAAUACUUGCAUACAUAAAUAAAAAUAAUAAAUAAAUGGCAACUAAAAUCAAAUGUAUGAAAGCAAUAAUGUUUAACACACCGCACAAUAAAAGUAUUAAAUAUUGAAAUUAAUAAUAAUAUAAUGUACUUACAUAGCAUUAGGGUGAACACAAGCUUAAGUUACAAAAAAAACACAUAAAAACUAAAAAGAAAUAUAUUAUUAAUUUAAAAUAUUUUUAGCAAAUAGUUUUAUUAUUACUAUAAUAAUAUAUAUAAAUGUGCAUUUAAAAUUACAAAAAAAAACACACAUAAACAUGCAAUAAUAAACACUUAAAAAUGGCACAAUUAUUAGCAAUGUAUUGCUAAACGCUAAAUACCAAUACUAAAAAGCCAAUUUUUUAUAAAUGUUAACAAAAAAUUAUUUAUUUAACCUUGUAAGCGACUUAAAGCUAAAAAAACUCAUAAAAAAAUUAUAAAAUGAAUAUAUAUUUGAUUUUUUAUUUUCGGUUUUUAUAUAAAUAAAAUAAUUUAUUUAACCGAAUAAGUUGAUAUUGGUUACUAUAAUGACCAAUUAUUUUUUUUUUUUUAAAUAUAAUAUUUACUUAAAUAUUUGAAUAAUGAACGAGUUGCGCAAAUUCACAAAUGUUUAUAAAUAAAAAUGUUAAUGAAAAAUGCUGCAACUGUUGAAUUUGCUUCGAAUUUUGGCCACUCUACUUAACCAUUUGCACAAAAAGAAAUAUUAUAUACCUAUAACAAUAAGUGAGCAAAUGGAUGCAUUAACUUCGAAACUGAAUGUGUAAUGUUUUAAUGUCCACAGCUAAUAAAUAAAACGAAUAAAUAUUAAUGAUGUACAGUUGAAACUGAAA